CGCGACGCCACCUUCCCCUGGGACAGCCUCCAGCUCCUCCAGGCCAUGGCUCCCAGCCCGCCGCAGCCCUGCCACCACCACCACGCGCCCUUCCCCUUCCCCGACACCCUCCUCCACACCCCCCACCCGCAACAAGCCGCCGCCACCGCACGACGCAUCCUCCAGCACCUCUUCGCCACCCUCAACGCCUCCACCACCCCCCAGCACUGGGACGCCCACGCGCGCCACCACCUCCUCAACAACCUCCACCACUACAUCCACCACCUCGACCAAUGCCUCACGGACAACGGCACGCUCUUCGCCAGCCAAGGGCCCCGCCACCUGCUGCUCCGCAUCAACAAAUACUUCGCCGACAUCCACCGCUUCCUCCGCGCCCACAACCACAGCGCCUGCGCCUGGGACCACGUCCGCCUCGAGGCUCGCGCCUGCUUCCAACGUGUGGACAUGCUCAUACGGAGAAUGAAGAGCCGAGCUGCUCUUACCCUCCACCAAGCCCACCGGCGCCGAACACCCAUCCCCAGCCAACGCCGGUGGCCAGAGAUCAAGCAAAGGCAGCAGCACCCUGGGCUGGGAUUGCUCAGCGCUGCUCCCACCUCUUCCAGCCAGCAGCCCACAUCGAUGGGGAAAUGA